AUGAGUUCUGGUAUCAACCAGUCAAGUACUGGUAAUGAUGUGGACAAUAACUCCCUAGGAAAUCAUGAAGUUUUAACUUCUAAGGUGAACGAAAACUUAUCUUCAAGGAAUUUGGCAUCAUCCGGCAGGAAAGCCACAUCAAAAGCAAAGCAAAAUCCUAGUGCCAAGGACACAGUUAUACACAAAACGAAAGAAAAGAAAAGUAGAUCAACUUCCUGUUAUCUAUGCCAGAAACGAAAACAAAAAUGUGACCAAAGAUUUCCAAGUUGCACAAACUGUAUCAAAGCACACGUUAAAUGUAUACAGCCACCAAGGUAUGGGGAAAAUUAUAGGGCACAUGUCAAAGAUGAUUAUACAAUAUUACUCGAGAAGAAGGUGAAACAGCUAGAGAAACUUCUGGAUCAGACAACCAAGAAGAUUUCCCGUAUGGAGAAGGAGGCCUUUGAUAUGGCAGCAAAGCAUACAAAUAGUUCUUCAAAAGACGUUACCGGAGUUACGAAUGAUGAUGACAAUGAAGACGCAGUGAAUUCAAAUGUCGAAAAUUCUCCUUCUGAUCUGGUGUCAUUACAGAAAUCACCUAUAGGUAAUCGUACCGGAACAUCUAAAGAUUCUGCUUCGAACAAAUUUCUCAAGUACAGAAAAAUAGGGAAUUUAUUAGAUACAUCACGAAAUACUGCAAGAUCCUACCUUCCGUAUGACCAGUUUGAUAACUUAUUAAAUAAACCAUACGAGUAUUUUGUUUCCGAUAACAGCAGUAAAAUUGGGCUAUCAUUGGUUUCGCAUUAUUCAUUGUUGGAUUACAUGCGUUAUAACCCAUCGUUCAACGUUGAUAAGAACUUAUCUAAGCAGCUUGUGGAUAUCUAUUUUACUAUGAUGCAAUACAAGUUCCCCCUUUUAAACGAACAAGAAAUUCUUCAGUUUCAUCAUGAUUACUAUCAAAGAAGGACAUUUUCAAAUCACUCGGACUAUCACUUCAAAGCCGCAAGAAUGUUUCUUCUUUUCUCAUUUUCUGCCCUGCUUUAUAGAGCUACAGGACGGUAUCGUGGACCCCAUCCGUAUCGUUUUUUUUCUAGUGCAUUGAGACAUAUGGUUUUCUUCCACAAUCUGGAACCUUUAAAGAAGGUGGAAAUUCUUGCGUUACUGUGUGCACUUGUGAACAGGACCGACAAGGAUUCAAAUUGCCUUUAUCUCAUAAUUUCUGAUGCUAUGAAGCUUUGUAACCAGUUGAAUUUGCAUAAGCCAAAGUCGUACAAAAAUGUAUCAUCAACCUUAAGAGAAAGGCAUUUGCGCUGCUUUUGGUGUACAUACAUAUUAGAACGAUCUGUUUCGAUAGCCGUGGCGAAACCUUUUAUCUUGAAGGAGAGCAAGAUUGAUAAUAGGCUACCAAUGUUUGAUGGCUUUUUGACAUCGGAUUCAUCUAAACAAACCGGAUCACGUUCAAGGCAAAGGGUUGAAGCAAAUGAAACACCAUUGAAUGUAAGUUUUAUAAAUCAAGCAAUCAGGAUACGGAGGGUAGAAUCGUGCUUUGUUGAGGAUUUAAAUAUUUUGAGUUCUGCUUCUAUCGCAACUCGGGCACAGCUGCCGAAAGUUCUGAUAUAUUUUCAGCAAUUGCAGAAUUGGCGAAAGGAAUGUCAGGGAUUACAAACAGGGAAAGAAACAGAGGCUCUCUCUGUUUAUUAUUAUAAGGCUGUGAGAAACCUUAUUCAACCGUUUUUGGAGCUUUUGGAUCCAGAUGAUAAACUUUUUAAGGAAUGUCAAGCUGCUGCAGGUCAGAUAUGUCAAGCGAUCAAAGCAUAUCACCAGAAGACGGUUAGUGGCCAUUCAAUUCUCAGUAUUCAUACUACUUUUACUUCCGGGGUUACCCUUAUAUAUUGUCUCUGGUUAGAAAGAAAUAGAGACGAUAUGAAAAGAAAACUUCUGGGUGAUGAUAAAAAGCAUACGCGGCCACUUGUUUCUGCGGCUUUGUUUUCUGGACUUGAUGAUUUACGGGCCUGCUCCAUAUCAUUGUAUGUUAUGGCUGAACGGACAAAGUUUGCUUUAAGUUUCCGUGAUUCCUUUGAUGAGUUAAUGCACGCAACGGUGGAUAAUUUAAUUAUUCGUUGUGGACCAAACUCUUCUGAAAUAUUGAAUUAUAGUGAAACUGGUAUGCCUCCUGCUGUUUACAGACAGCCAAUGCAACACUACCAGCUUGAUUCCAAAUUCACUCAGAAAACCGCUGUGGAAAAGCAGGAAGAAGAAGAAAGGAAGAAAGCAACUGGUCAUCUUACAAGACUCGCUAUUCCAAAGGGUCUUAGUCAUUUAUUAGUUCACUCUCCUAUGCAUGCUUUCAAUUUGGGAGCAAAAUCUACAUCUUCUUCAUUUACCGUUUCUCAAAAACCAUUAGUGCAGACUUCAAGGUUUGCUGAGCAAAGUUCCAAAUUUUCAACUCAGCAGUUUUAUUCUUCUCCUGCCAGAAGUAUGAAUUUUGGGACCCUCAACACGUUGCCUUCUCUCGGAAAUACGUCAUCACCCACAGUACCAAUGAGGUCUCAAGCAUUUCCACAACCGUCUGCAGUGCAAACAACCUCCUUCAUUCCUGAGAAUGCAAAAAGUCAGGUUUUUCAGCGGGCAACAUUGGAGGCUCCGACUGGUUUGGCCUCAUCUAAUUCGAAUAUAAUCCAUGCUAACACACCACCAUCUUCAAACAUUCAUCCUAGCAAUGUGAAUGGCAAUCAUACACCGUCAUCAACAACGACUACGACGACGACAACAACGACAACCUCUUCUUCUAAUAAUGCAGUUACGAAUACUCCAAUAAUACCAGAACUUUUGCCAUUUGUCGGCAGAACCACGGCAAUGAUCAAUAACAUUUCCGUUUGGACUGGAGAAUCUGGUCAGCAGAUACCACAGACAGGAUUGGUGAUGAUUCAACAACAAAAUAACGGUACUGGCAGUGGGAAUUCAAACUUUUUUAUGAAUGGAAAUGCCGCUGGAAAUUCCAACUCAAAUGGUGUUGAUAAUUUUGUGGGAAUGAACUUUCGAAUCUCGAACCAGUCAGGAAAUAUGAGCGGUAACUUUGGUGCCCCACAGCAGAAUACAAAUUCAUCUUACAAUAAUAUGGAUACAAAUAAUGGUGAUUAUGAUCUCUCGGCUGAUUCUCCUAACGCAAAUGGAAUGGAUAUACUCAAUGGUUGGGGUGCAUACCCAAAUGAUGAUUUAUGGAACGGGAGGGAAUCCGCUUUUAUGCCAUAG